UUAUGAUUUCUGAAAUGUAAUCCGAGCCAAGAGUCGAUCGAGUUGCUUCACGUUUUCUCUUUCUGUUUCCAAGGAAGUAAGAAGCAACACCAAAUUAUAAUUUUCGGUAACGUCUUACCGAUUUGAAUUUUUAAUAAAAAAUGUGUAAGCCAGCUGAAAUUGCCUUGUGGCCAUCAUCGCAGGAGAAGUUCUCGGUCCUGUGUUUAGCCCGAUUCCAUCUGUGGAUAGACCAGCCUAUUCCGACUCCGGAACACAAGGAUAUUUUUUGCAAAAUCGUUGCCAUAGCUGCGGCAUGCCAGGUCGUGCCCGAAGGAUGUAUCACGUGGAAAGAAUUCAAAAUGUUUCUCGCGUACGAGAUAUACUCGGAGAUCAAAGACAAGGAGUACGAACCAAGAAAACAAGUUAACUUUAUGAUAAGUAAAUGGGCGUACGACGUUAUUAACACGUGGCAGCUACAAUUGAUGACAAAGAACGUAAGUUAUUUGGUCCAAGUGGAAAUUGGAACUACACGAUAUCAAUUUAUGUAUGAAGUGAUCCUGGAAUUUAUACCGUUCGCUGUCGGUAACACUUCUGAAGGAAGCGAGGAUUUAUCACCCGAAGGUCUAAUGCGUCAACCCCCUAGGGAUUUUCGUAAGAUUUUGAAAAAUAUUUUGAAAAAGUUAAGCAGUUGUAACGCAAGUAUUACCGCCCAAAAAAUGGUAGACAUAAUCGCCAAACUAUGUCAACCGAAAAUAGCUCAAGUUGAGGUGGUACCUGCGAAAAAAGUAACAGUGGAGUUGAGCCUUCGCAUAAAAUCGCUCAGGAACAGUACCACGUCUCUGCCACUGAAUAGAGAUCUUUUUGCUCAAAAAAUCGCUCUCAUGGUAGCAUUGCCUCUCGAUGCGCAAACUCAGUGGUCGGAUUUUAGUUUGUACACCGCCUGGGAAUUGUUCUUGCAAUUAAGAUCCUUGGAUUACGAGCCGAAUAAGGAUUAUUGGAUCAAUCUGCAUUAUACGACAGACAAGGUGAACGAAGAAGCGUUGCUGAACAACGUCGCUUCGUACUUUUGUGCGACAUUUUCAAUACGUAUGAUAAAGAAGAUUUAUGAAUUCACGUAUGAGCUCAAGUAUGUUUACCAUCCUACUGCGAUCCCAAUAGCAGAAAACGUUCCUUUGGCCCUGGAAGUACCUCUCACCCGUUUAAAUGAGCCUCCACCUCUAUUCUGCCAUGUGGUCAAUGAAAUUAAAGCCGAGAAAUCUCACUUCACAAGGCAUGGUUGUAGUGUCAAUAUGAAUGACCUGGCCAAAGUGGUCUUUCAAAAAUGUCCCCAUGCUGUAGAAUAAGAGGGUUAAAAAGUUUGAUGUACAAUCCAAUUCAAAAUCAGCUACUUUCAAAACAAUUCAAAUUUAACGUGGUCGAGAUUAUCCAACGUCUUCUACGCAGGAUCAUAGAUGUCUGAAUGGUUUAAGAAUAAUUUUCUCAAAUAUUUGACACUUGUUUUAAUUAACGAAAAAAUAACGACUAAAAAAUGUUUCUAAUGUGCAAGCACACAUUUGAUUAUUUUAUUUUUUAUGUAACAAAAGAUAUAGAAUUAUUUUCCACUUUUACAUUCAGACCAAUAAUCCAAGAUGUAGUAUUUUAAGGUUUAAUUAUGUACAUAUAAUUCAACUAAAUUAUGUACAUUAUAAUUCUAUGAUCAAUCAUCCAUUGAAUUGAAUUAAAUUAUUAAAAAUCUGUUCUACAA